CACUGAAUGCAUUGUUUGAAAGAUCUCGACCUCAUUCUCGAAUUCGCGUCAUCAUGACUACAUCGUCGCUUUCGUGGCGCACAGCGUUGCUGUGCAUCGCUACCGCCGCCUCUUUCAUGCCGUCGGCCACGGCCGCCAACCUCACCAACAUCACCGUCGAUGGCAACUCGACUUUUGACAACCAAAUUAACAAAAUCCUUCACUGGGAUGGCACCCGCGAGAGCCUCGGCAUUGGUCCCGACGUCAUUGCUGGCCUCGCCAUCGCCGCGGGGUUCACCGCUGUCUUCUUUGGCUACCGUCUCAUCCGCCCUGCCGUGUUCCUGGCGGGGUUUGCCAUCGGGUCCAUCGUGUGCUUCAUUGCGUCAGAGCGAAUCUUCCGUGAGAAAACGUAUGUGGAAACGGCGUGCUGGAUCGCAUUUGCCCUUGGUGGCUUUAUCCUUGGCCUGUUGGUCGUGUGGCUGUACAAAGUGGGCAUCUUCCUCGUGGGGGCGUUUGCUGGGCUGCUCCUCGCGACCCAACUCCAUACGUCAUUUGGGUAUGCGAUUUAUCCGUCGGACCCCCAAGUCGUCUUGAUCAUCUUCCUCGUCGUAUUUGGGCUCAUCUGCGGCAUCGUGGCCGUCAAGAUCGAACGACCGUUCUUGAUUGUUGCAACAGCGUGGGCAGGGGCCGUGACGGGCGUAUGGGGCAUUGGCUUCUUUGCCGGCCACUACCCGAACACCGCGAAUUUGAAAGAACACGCCGAUGCCAAAGGCGACUGGCACGUCAAUGUCCCAGACGAGUGGUGGGGCUACUUGGCCGGCUCCAUCGUGCUGGCGCUCCUUGGCAUGUACGUUCAGUUUCGUCAGAACCCGCCUCCUGCCGAUCCGCUGACUGGCCCUGUCGUCGCCGACCACCAGCCCGUCGCGUACGUGACGGUGACAACCCCCGUCAAGGGCGAUCCCAUUCGCCAUGCCUAGGCUGUGGGUAUUGGCUUGUUAACCGCUAACUUUAUUUCUCUUUUCCAUGUCGCACUCGGUUUUGUGAACGAUGGGGCUGCAACGAGCUGGGGGAAGGCUGUCGGGUCGUCGAUACACUCAAGAACGCACGUCUUGUACUCCAUGGUAGUACCAAAUAAAAUUGGAGAAGUUUUAGCAAUGUUUGGUUCUUCGAAGCGUGAACCAGGCAAGCCGCAUUUCAUAUCAAAAGUCGUGCGAAUACC